CGUGCAUAAAAUCCCUUGGAUUCGCAACGCUGAGGUGGUCAUUCAUCCCCGUCUAAUAGCCCAUCAAUCUCUAUUCUAUGUCAGCACCAAGAGUCUGGUUCAUCACCGGGGCGUCGUCUGGCUUCGGCAAGUCGAUGACUGAGCUUGUCCUCCAGAAGGGCGACUCGGUCAUCGCGACGCUCCGCAAGCCCACGAUGAUCGACGACCUCGUCGCAAAGUACCCCAAGGAGCGCUUGCUCGUCCUCCAGCUCGACGUCACGAAGCCGGAUGACGUCGCCGCGGCGUUCGCCAAGGCUAAAGAGGCAUAUGGGCGCAUCGACGUCGUAUUCAACAAUGCGGGGCGCAUGAGCCUCGGCGAGCUGGAGUCGAUGGGUGACAAGGCCGCGAGGGAUAUGAUGGAGGUGAACUUCUGGGGCGCGGCGCAUGUCUCGAGGGAGGCAGUGAAGUUCUUCCGAGAGGUGAAUGGACCGAAGGUGGGCGGGUUGUUGAUGCAGGUGUCUUCGAGAGCGGGGAUCGUGGGCAACCCAGGAGGGGUUUAUUAUAGUGCUUCGAAAUUCGCUCUGGAAGGCCUGACCGAAUCACUGGUAAAAGAGCUCAACCCGGAGUGGAACAUCAAGGUGACGAUGGUCGAGCCCGGCCCCUUCCGCACAAAACUCGCCUCAGACAACAUCAUCCUCGAGGAGCAGCACCCAGCAUACGCAGACCCCUCCGCCCCAGGCUCGGCCUUCCGGCAAUACAUUGUCUCCUCGAACGUCGAUGGCGACGCCGACAAGGCGGUGGUUGUAAUGGAGAAGCUGUCGCAUGUGCCAAAUCCGCCACUCCGGCUGCCACUGCACCGCCGCACGAUCGCGGGCAUUAAGGACAAGGCGCAGAGUUUGACGAAGGACGUGGAAGAGUAUGGGAGCUGGUCGGAUGAUGUUUACUUCACUGAGUGAGGGAUGAUCGGGAUGUUUAUAGCAUUUGAAUCGUUGUAUGAUAACUGUGGUUGGACGAAAGAAUGUGACUGGAUCUGAAAUAUCGUCAAUGUUCAUUUUUACGAUGGAAAGGAGAUGAUGAGGUUCAAGUCCGAACCGAGAAAGCUGGCGUUGAUUGGCAUCCUAGUUUCGGCGCGGAAUACCGUUACCAGCCUAAGGUAAAAUGCUGUAUUAUUAGGUGCAGUGAUUCAAUUACAAUCGAAGAAGCAUUAAUGUAGAAUAUUGCGAUUCCGUGGAGAAAUACUGAGUGGGGAUGUCGUAAUAUUGUCUGCGAUUCACGAGUCAUUUUGCUUGACACCUGGGCCGCGUUCGGGGCCCUUUGUAUCGGCCCGGACUUCCACCGUCCGUAUCUGUCCUGGGCGAACCUCGCCUGGGGCUGAGCCAAACCCGAACAUCGAGUUCAGCGACGAACGAAUGGCGUCGAACGCUGCUUGGUGUGGAGCGGGUUGGAUGGAAUCGAUGAUGUGCAGCUCAAUGAGCCCUGACGUCGGAGAGAAUUUAUAGCGCGAGUCUACUUUCCACAGUCCUUCACCCCCGCUGACACGGUUCGUACCCACGACAUCAAGACUGAUGUAGACACUCUUGUCGCGGUGAUACGCCUUGUCCGUCGUUGACGGAGGGGCAUGCACGGACAUUUUGCGAAGUUCAACGCGUAGGUCAGAAUAGAGGGUGCGCAUCGUAUGUCGGAUAAAGGUGGAGGAGGCCAUAUAGAGCGGCAGACCUUCAACACCGAGGGUGCGAGGGAAGGGUGAGGGGAGAGCUACGGGGGGAGUAUACUUGAGCUUGACCUUAGGGCUGUAGAUAGCCUCGAUGUCAGCAUUGGACGUAUUGCGUGUUGCUUCGACGAUUGCCGGGGAUUGGGUGGGAUCAAUCUUUGCUACAAGGCCAUGUUCGAAGAAGUCGGGGAGGGUUUGUUGUAAAACGUCUAUGGCACGUCCUGUCCUGAUCUCCCAUUCUUGAUCUGACAAUUCUUCAGACGGAUCUGGAUCGUUGUCGUUUGGAGUAAACAUGGGCGGGAAAGCGCCUCCGGACAUGUUGACGUUGGCAGACACAUGGGUGAGGGAAGAGGCAUGGCGUUUUGCGUAAGUUGGCUCAUGAUUUCGUGGGGAAGGUUGGUUUGACAGCCGUGUAUAGAUGAGGGGGGCGGAAGGACGAAUGACUCGAGUAGGUGACGAAGGAGACUUUACCCGUAUGUUGCGGGCCAACAUAGUGGGCGGAGGGACGGAAGCGAGAUGAAGAAUGACGCGCUGUAUGCGGCAUGGGCGGAACGGGACUUGCGGUGUUUGGCACGACAAAUAACGACACGUGAUCCUUCACGGACGCGUCCGAGGCGUGGUGGUCAACGUCGAACAACCACGAUGAACUUUAGAUCUCCUCCAGAUAGCCUUGGACGAUCAGAUGCUCGAUAUCUGCACGUCUGACCAUGAACCUCUGCCCCUUGCGGAAGUCUAUGCUUCCCAGCUCAGUUUGAAUGACGCCACAGUCUCGGACGACGCGCACUAGGACGUGUAGAUCUUUUGGUGGAUGUGUGAUACUGGCGGUGAUAUCGAGUUCAUUGGAGAAUCCUGCCCUAUACUCCAUCACUGAGUUGUUGUACUGCCGCAGGAAGUCGACUUCGUGAGGGGAUAGCUUGCUGCGUAGGUCUUGAUUGCUGAGGAUGUGGGGGAGUGCACCACCGACGGACCAGUACAAGUGAUGGUGGUUUGAAAGAUGAGCAUGGAUGGUUCGACCGAGUCUCCGUCUCCGAUCAGUCGUUCAAGGUCGCGCUGUUCACGCAUGAUAGAGCGCACGAGGCCGUCAUUGUAUUUGAUGAGGGUAUCUGUGAGUGUGGACCGACGCGACUCCAUGACGAGCUGCGUCGCGAGGUCUCCAAACUGGCGCGUGUCUGCCAUGAGAGGAAGAG